AUGUUUACUGGCCUGGUUGAGACCAUUGGGACUGUCACGGCCCUGGAGCCCCUCGACACGUCGUCGAGCGGGGGCGGGGGCACGUCGCUCACCAUCUCCGACUGCGAGGAGAUUCUCUCCGACGCUCACCUGGGCGAUAGCAUUGCUGUCAACGGAACCUGCCUCACCGUUACGGCGUUCGACAAGACCUGGUUCAAGGUUGGAGUCGCGCCAGAGACCUUGCGACGCACCAACCUUGGGUCUCUCCAGACUGGCUCGAACGUGAACCUCGAACGUGCAGUAGCUGCAGACACUCGUAUGGGUGGUCAUUUUGUGCAGGGCCAUGUUGACACCGUCGCGAAGAUUCUGUCCAUCACGCCUGACGGGAACUCCUUGGUGUUCCGGCUACAGCCGCGGGAUACGGACGUGCUGCGCUACGUGGUGGAGAAGGGCUAUGUGACCCUCGACGGAGCCAGUCUGACAGUGACCAAGGUAGUCGAUGGCGAGGACGGAUACUGGGAGGUCAUGCUCAUUGCCUACACUCAGGGGAAGGUUGUGACAGCAGGCAAGAAGCCUGGCGACGAGGUCAAUGUCGAGAUCGACAUUGUGGGCAAGUAUGUUGAGAAGAGCGUUCAGGGUUAUUUUGCCGGCACGGCCAAUGGGGAUUUUGCAAUUCUCGAGAAAAUGGUGGCCCGCAUUGUUGACGAGAAGCUCAAGAAAUAA